AAGUUGAAGGAUCAGCUAUCACAGGAUCUGUCGGACUGCAUUAUAUACUGUAAGAGCGUUCCCUUCCAGAGCUUCAAGCACUCGCGGACCCAUUACAAACCCUACGAGAUGUCGUCCUUCACAGAGUAUAAAGCCCGGAAGCUGGUCAGAGAACCAGGGAAUGAAUUUGUCCAACACAAUGCCAGGCAGCUGACCAGAGUCUAUCCCACAGGACUACGGACGGACUCCUCCAACUACAACCCCAAGGAUAUGUGGAACGUAGGAUGUCAGAUGGUGGCUCUAAAUUUCCAGACGGCCGGAGUGGAGAUGGAUCUGAAUGACGGUCUCUUCCAGCAAAAUGGACGCUGCGGGUACGUUCUGAAGCCGUCGUUCAUGAGACACGCGGACACGAACUUCAACCCGGAUCAGCCGCAAGAAAGGGAAGGAUACUCACCGGUCAGCCUUUCCAUUCAG